CCGCGCGUCAUGGAUAUUGGACACCUUCGAAGAGAGCUUUGGUGGAGCAUACGCUUCGGUACAUUGAUCGAUUUGCAGAUGACCAUGAACAAGUACAAGAUGAGAGCCUGGGAUCUUCUCAGUACUUCGCCCAGAAGACGAAGAUCAGACAUUGCUUGCCUUAGCCAUUGCUUGGAGCUGCCAGGAUAUCUGUACUAUGCUACUAGAGUCUGGUGCUGAUCUUUCCUAACCGUGACAUGCAAGGCAUAACUCUUGCCGAGCACUUCUGGUUGCGCUUGUUCCGUGAGCACGUGUCAAGACCUUUUGCAAAUCUGAAAGGCAAUGCGAUGCUCGACGAGGCGCGUGGGACAUUGUCCCUGUCCCCAGCCCACCAUAUCAUACUCAACAAUGCUCACGUUGAGAUCGCCGCGUACCUACGAAUGUAUCCAAUAGCCGUCUUACACGAAGACUCAUACGGAUUCACACUGCUUCAUUGGGCUGUAUGGGCCGCUGAGCUGGAGACGAUGAAACCGGUACUUGAUGCCGGAGCUAACGUCCACGCAACGUGUCACCGCGGUCGAACUGCGUUGAUGUGGGCUGUAGACUCACUGAUGGCUGCCGACAUCUGUCACCUCUUGAUUGAUCAAGGAGCAGAUGCCAAAGCAGUCAGCAACCGAAGCGACAACGCGCUCAUGCGAGCAUUGGACUUUGGGCCAACCCCAGAGGCUACAAUAGAAGUCCUCCUGCAUGCGGGCACAAAUUUGAAGCACAUCAAUGCAGGCCACUUUACGGCCUUGGACGCGGCCGCCCUCCUUGCUUCUCCUCGAGCCUGUCCUACUCAUAUAGCAUGGCGCAGCGCUGGGCUGAGUGAACGGCUACGGGUAGAUCUCUUUCACGUACCCCAUGCGUAACUACAGAUACUCCAUAACGGAAGUAUUUUUGAAGCAUGGCUCGCUCAACACAGACCUCUUGCAGAAAGAAGAGAUCCUUGCUUCCGCAGCUGAAAGCGCCGAUAUCCGCACC